AACCCAAUCCACCAACAAUCUCCCUAACACCCCUUGGAUUUCAAAUCCAUUAUUUAUAAAAUACUGCCCACACGUUUCACUACCUUUGUCAGUUCGAUCGAUACCUCCAUCAUCUUCCCUCCUGCAUCAGACAGAAGCUUCUUCCAUCUUCCAACCCAGAGCUUUUCAAGAUCUUAGCCGCUCUCGUUCGGUUGUGAUGGCGGCGGCCAUGAGAAAUGCGCUGCUAAAGCACCUGAGACUGGAAGUCGUUGCUCUACGAAGCUCAACCCCUAACCCUAGAGGCCCAUUGGCUCGACUGAUUGGACAGAGCCGUCAUUUCUGCGAGCUAGCCAGAGGCUCCUUCCUUGAUAAAUCCGAAGUCACUGACCGUGUCAUCACCGUCGUCAAGAACUUUCAGAAAGUCGAUCCGGCAAAGGUUACCCCAAAUGCACAUUUCCAAAAUGAUCUUGGUUUAGAUAGUUUAGACACCGUGGAAGUUGUUAUGGCCCUCGAAGAAGAGUUCGGGUUUGAAAUACCAGACAACGAGGCAGACAAGAUCAACACAAUCAGUCUUGCUGUGGACUUUAUUGCCUCACACCCACAGGCAAAAUAAUGCAGAGAGGAAUUGAUUCCCCUUCAUUUUUUUUAUAUAUGUAGCAGUUUGCAUAUCAGUUCAUGGCAACGCUCUAAAUGGACCUAAACUCCAAGGAUGAGUUUGAAUUCAGUUUUUUACUUUGUAUUGAUGAAUUCCAUGAGGGCGGGAUGGCAUUGGGGUCCUUUUGAACUUUUCUGGAACAUUAAUAAUUAUUAUUGUGAAUUUGGAUGUAUGGGUACUCAAGAAUUUAGGGUGACGCUGUCUGGUUGUAGGCCAACCUGUUCUGGUCCUCCAUUGGAGGAAUCAGUGAAGAAGCGGGUAUUUACCGGCAGAGCGGUGCGGUGCUUGAGGCAGAUGAGGCACUUGCCUCAGGGUCCAAAAAAUUGUUAAAAUUUUAGGGUCCACAAUUUUAGAUAUUUCUUUAGUAAACAUGUGUAUUAAAUUUACAUAUUGAGCUUCCUUUGUCUAA